GCAUCUGAGUAUGUUUGAUGACAUGGGCUUUAUCAACGCCUAUAAGAUUGACCUGCCCACUCUGGCCAGGUUCUGUCUGAUGGUAAAGAAGGGUUACAGAGAUCCUCCCUAUCAUAACUGGACGCACGUCGUCGUCUCUCACUUCUGUUAUCUCCUCUACAAGAACCUGGGCCUGGCCAACUACCUGGAGAAUAUAGAGAUCUUUGCUCUCUUUGUCUCCUGUAUGUGCCAUGACCUGGACCACCGUGGGACUAACAACUCCUUUCAAGUGGCCUCACAAUCUGUCCUGGCUGCCCUCUACAGCUCAGAGGGCUCUGUGAUGGAGCGACACCACUUUGCCCAAGCCAUAGCCAUUCUGAACACCCACGGCUGCAACAUCUUCGACAAGUUCUCCAGAAAGGACUACCAGAGGAUGUUGGACUUGAUGAGGGAUAUCAUCCUGGCCACUGACCUGGCUCACCACCUCCGCAUCUUCCCCGACCUGCAGAGGAUGGCUGACGCUGGCUACAAUCCCAAAAAUCAGACCCACCGUUCUCUGCUGCUGUGUCUGUUGAUGACCUCAUGCGACCUGUCGGACCAGACCAAGGGCUGGAAGACACCGCAAGAUAUUCAGGAGCUGAUCUAUAAAGAGUUCUUCUCCCAGGGGGAUCUGGAGAAGGCGAUGGGGAAUCGUCCCAGUGAGAUGAUGGACAGAGAGAAGGCCUACAUCCCAGAGCUACAGAUCAGCUUCAUGGAACACAUCGCCAUGCCCAUCUACAAGCUGCUGUCAGAGCUGUUACCAGGGGCAACCGAGCUGUAUGAGCGUGUAGCGACCAAUCGAGUACAGUGGACCAAAGUCUCCCACAAGUUCAGCGUCCGUGGGUUGCCUAGCAACAAUAGCCUCGACUUCCUGGAUGAAGAGUAUGAAUUGCUGCAAUCCCAGGGUGCACUUGGGGAUGACAGCCACUGCGAUGACACCCACUGCCUCAACGGUUGCCUGGWUGAGGGGGGCGGAGGGAGGGGCCUGUAACCAUACCGACCAAUGGGAGUGGAGAAAGCAGUAUCUCUAGGCUAAUAGAAACCUAAGGAAACGAUUCCCUUUUUACGUCCUCAAGCGGAGAAGGCGGGACUCCGAGACAGUUUGACGUUUGACUGACAGCUGUCAAUCUCUAAGGCUGAGCAAAACAGAUGGAGUGAAUGCAGGAGGGACGAUUCAGAUGAAUCAUUUCAAAGGAGUCGAUUCAGACUAUUCGAUUCAGACAAUUCCUGUAGAUGCUAAAUGUGACUGAACUCCUGUGAGGAAAGCAGAGAGUCGUGUUGACUCUGGAAAUGAUMAUUUUCAUAACGAGGUCUCCGUUCAGUUUCUUCUGAGUUUCUGUUUCACACACAGACACCUAAUAGGUAAAUACCUGUGUAAAAACACAUAGGUAAAUAGCUCCUUUCCUAGUUAACAGAAAGCUGUGUAGUACGAAGGACAGUUAUGGAAUCUGUUGGUUUAUGUUGUUUUAAGAUCAUCAGAAUCCCUCCCAUCAGCCCACACACACCCUGAUGAGCUGCUAUGUCACUCAUAUGACUGCUUAUGUAUACUGUAUGUAGCCUACACCUUGUGUGUUACACCCUUUAUCUCAGCCAGUAUUGGAUGUAUUUUUCAUGUCUUAGGCAUCAUGUAAGUCUCUAGUUUGCCAGAUAUUAUAUUUGUUAUAUGGAGACCAUUCGUGGCCAUGCGAUGCCCAGUGGUUAUUGAGGGAAACUGUAUCUGCCUUGUGUCAGGAAAUGUGAGUGGAACUUCCCUCUUUUGAAAAUGGGGACAGUUUGACAGUCAGUGAUCACUGGUUAGUGCCAUCCUCAUUAGCUAACACACACACACAGACACACACAGACACACACAGACACACACAGACACAC